UACGGUACAAUAUUUGAUAGCACAGGCGCUGCUUCAAAGUUCUCUGCUGUUUUAAUUUAGUUGUUAUUUGAUAAUAUACAUCGAACUUCUCCAUGUGCCUGUUUUAAAAUAUAUGUAAGUUUAUUGGAAGAUAUAAACAUGGGUAUAACGGAAAUACUGAAGGCACCCAUAGAUCUGAAGCUGAAAGUGUUACAUGUUGUGAGAAUCGUAAUAGCUGCAAUCGGAAGACUUUUUUAUAGUUUGUAUUACGGAAAUGAAGGUCAAAAGAUUCCGACUAUUACCGACGAAAUUUUGAAAGAGUCAACUAUUGAAGUCGCUAGGAAAAUAAGACAGAAGGAGAUAUCGAGUGUAGAAGUGACAGAAGUAUGCAUCAGGCGUAUAAAAGAUGUGAACUCAGCACUCAAUUUCUUUGUAGAAGAUCGUUUCGAACUUGCUCUAAAAGAAGCUCGCGAGGCGGACGAACUCAUUCGUAGCGGCACGUUAUCCAUACAACAGUUAGAAAAAGAGAAACCUCUCUUAGGUGUUCCCUUCACUACAAAAGAUUGCUUUGCUGUUAAAGGUUUACGCUUUACGUCUGGAAUUGUAUUGCGUAAGGACUUCAUUUCAGAUGAAGAUGCUGGUGCCAUCCGGCAAUUGCGAGACAAAGGCGCUAUAAUUAUAGGCAUCACGAACGUGCCAGAACUUUGCAUGUGGUGGGAGACUCACAAUCACAUAUAUGGAAGGACCAACAAUCCAUAUAAUACCACAAGGAUAGUUGGAGGGUCAUCUGGAGGUGAAGGCUGCAUACAAGCUGUAGGAGGCAGUAUUUUUGGAGUCGGUUCUGACAUUGGAGGUUCAAUUCGAAUGCCUGCAUUCUUUAACGGAAUUUUUGGCCACAAACCAUCCCGUGGUAUAGUUUCAAAUACUGGACAAUUUCCCACACCGGAGUCAGCACUUAUUGAUUCUUUUCUAGGUGUAGGUCCUAUGACAAGACACGCUACAGAUUUGAAACCACUCUUAGAUAUUAUGGCAGGAGAUAAUAAAAACAAACUAAAAUUAAACGAACCCGUUAAUAUCAAUAAAAUAAAAGUGUACUACCAAUUUAGUAGUGGGGCUCCUUUGGUUGAUGCUGUUGAUCCAGACAUAAUAAUAGCAAUGAAAAAAGUCGUUGAAUUCCUAAGUGUACAACACAAAUUAGAUGCUGAAGAAAAGAAAAUUGAUCUGCUCCGCAAAUCUUUACCUAUAUGGAUGGCUACAAUGAAAACUAAACAAAAGUUUGAGACCCUUAUAAUGAAGAAUGAAGGUGUAGGUGCCAUACUAAAAGAAAUCGGGAAAAAUUUUAUCGGGUGUUCUGGCAAUACCUUGAUAUGUUUAUUUACCGCUUUGAGCGAUCAUUCUGGUAUAGAAGUUGGAAGCGAGAGACAUCUCCACUAUAUAAAACUACGUGAAAAUUUAGAGAAAAUCUUCACAGAUAUGUUGGGUGAUGAUGGCGUUUUCUUAUACCCUGUACAUCCUACACCUGCACCAUUCCAUAACGAGCCGUUACUAAAACCUUUCAAUUUUGGAUACACUGCUAUUAUUAACUGUCUAGGAUUACCGGCAACUGCCAUACCUUUAGGUUUAAGUCGAGAUGGAUUACCAAUUGGUAUUCAAGUAGUAGCUAAUCAUAAUAAUGACAGGUUAUGUCUUGCAAUCGCUGAAGAGCUUGACAAAGCAUUUGGAGGAUGGGUAGAACCACAAAAAUCUUAGAUGUCUUAGGACAGAAAAUACGAGUCUGAAUGGGUGUUUACUUAUAAUAUAAUUACAUUUAAUCACAAAUUAUUAUUUAAGCAAUUAUUUUUAUAGGCUGCACCA